AUGGCGUUGGCGGCCGGUGUAGCGCGAACGUGGAUGUGGGGACCGAGUAGAGGCUUGGGCCGGGCUGGCUUUCAGCUCCUGCGGCGGCUUGGGACUCGGGGGCUGGCUGUGUCUCAUUCGCAGAGACAGCAGCAGCAGCACUUCUCAUCCCUGGAUGACAAGCCCCAGUUCCCAGGGGCCUCAGCAGAGUUCAUAGACAAGCUGGAAUUCAUGCAACCCAAUGUCAUCUCUGGGAUCCCCAUCUACCGUGUCAUGGAUCGGCAGGGUCAGAUCAUCAACCCCAGUGAGGAUCCCCAUCUGCCGCAGGAGAAGGUGCUCAAGUUCUAUAAGAGCAUGACGCUGCUGAACACCAUGGAUCGCAUCCUCUAUGAGUCCCAGCGGCAGGGCCGGAUCUCCUUCUACAUGACCAACUAUGGUGAGGAAGGGACGCACGUGGGGAGUGCAGCAGCCCUGGACAAUACUGACCUGGUGUUUGGCCAGUACCGGGAGGCAGGUGUGCUGAUGUAUCGGGACUUCCCCCUGGAACAGUUCAUGAACCAGUGCUACGGCAACGUGAACGACCUGGGUAAGGGGCGCCAGAUGCCCGUCCACUAUGGCUGCAAGGAGCGUCACUUCGUCACCAUCUCCUCUCCACUGGCCACACAGAUUCCUCAGGCGGUGGGAGCAGCCUACGCAGCCAAGCGGGCCAAUGCCAACAGGAUUGUCAUCUGCUACUUUGGUGAGGGGGCAGCCAGUGAGGGGGAUGCCCAUGCCGGUUUCAACUUCGCUGCCACCCUUGAGUGCCCCAUCAUCUUCUUCUGCCGAAACAAUGGCUAUGCCAUUUCCACACCCACCUCUGAGCAGUACCGCGGGGAUGGCAUCGCGGCUCGAGGCCCUGGGUACGGCAUCUUGUCAAUCCGUGUGGAUGGCAAUGACGUGUUCGCUGUGUAUAAUGCCACCAAGGAGGCCCGGCGGCGGGCCGUGGCGGAGAACCAGCCCUUCCUCAUUGAAGCCAUGACCUAUAGGAUUGGGCACCACAGCACCAGUGACGACAGCUCGGCAUACCGCUCGGUGGACGAGGUCAAUUACUGGGACAAGCAGGACCACCCCAUCUCCAGGCUGAGGCACUACAUGCAGAGCCGCGGCUGGUGGGAUGACGAGCAGGAGAAGGCCUGGAGGAAGCAGUCCCGCAAGAAGGUGAUGGAGGCCUUUGAGCAGGCCGAGCGGAAGCUGAAGCCCAAUCCCAAUCUGCUCUUCUCGGAUGUGUAUCAGGAGAUGCCUGCCCAGCUCCGCAAGCAGCAGGAGUCCUUGGUCCGUCACCUCCAGACCUAUGGCGAGCACUAUCCCUUGGACCACUUUGAGAAGUGA